CAUGGGCGCUGUUGCAGGGGAGCCGGGCCGGGCCGGACACAUGUUUCCCAUUGAUAGCUGGAGACAGCCCAGUAGCUCCGCGUUGGCCUGACAAAGCCGUAUUGAAGUGCAGACAGAGUACAGUUUCAAAGCAGGCAGAAAGAGAGCGGGAAUGCUGUUCAGGAAAUUCUUCAGGCAUGGGCAGGGCCUUGGCUGCAGUUCCACAGUUGGAAAAUCUGACUGGGGCAGCUCCUGAACACGGGCUGGGCCUGCUCGCACUCGGCAGGCCCCGGCCGCCUCCGUCACAGCCUCUCAGCACACCCCGGACCGAGGGCCAUUUCACAGCUGCCUGGGAAGCAGACGAGAGAGAUGCCUCAGGAACAGUACACACACCACCGGAGCACCAUGCCCAGCUCCGGGGGGCCACAGGUGUACAAAGUGGGGAUUUACGGCUGGCGGAAAAGAUGCCUGUAUUUCUUUGUCCUGCUGCUGAUGAUUUUAAUACUGGUGAACUUGGCCAUGACCAUCUGGAUUCUCAAAGUCAUGAACUUCACAAUCGAUGGAAUGGGAAACUUGAGAAUCACAGAAAAAGGUCUAAAGCUAGAAGGAGACUCAGAAUUCUUGCAACCUCUCUACGCCAAAGAAAUCCAGUCCCGACCGGGUAAUGCCCUGUACUUCAAAUCAGCCAGAAACGUGACAGUGAACAUUCUCAAUGACCAGACUAAAGUGCUAACUCAGCUGAUAACAGGUCCAAAGGCCGUAGAAGCCUACGGCCAAAGGUUUGAAGUAAAGACAGUUUCUGGAAAAUUGCUCUUCUCUGCAGAUAACAAUGAAGUGGUCGUCGGAGCUGAGAGAUUGCGAGUUUUAGGAGCAGAGGGCACCGUGUUCCCUAAAUCAAUAGAAACACCUAACGUCAGGGCAGACCCCUUCAAGGAACUAAGGUUGGAGUCCCCAACCCGGUCUCUGGUGAUGGAGGCCCCAAAAGGAGUAGAAAUAAAUGCAGAAGCCGGCAAUAUGGAAGCCACCUGCAGGACAGAGCUGAGACUGGAGUCCAAAGAUGGAGAGAUUAAGUUAGAUGCUGCGAAAAUCCAACUGCCUAGGCUGCCUCACGGAUCCUACACACCCACAGGAACGAGGCAGAAGGUCUUCGAGCUCUGCGUCUGCGCCAAUGGGAGACUAUUCCUGUCCCAGGCAGGAACCGGUUCCACCUGUCAGAUAAACACAAGUGUCUGCCUUUGAGAGACUCUCCACAGUGGACGCUGUCGGCAGCGGAAGGCCUUUUUCUGGCUUCAGACACGGGCUGCCAGCUAUUUUUACUAGAACACAGAAAGCCUAUCAAAGACCUUGUGUGCGUGCGCGCGCGCGUGGGUGAGUGAGCGUGAGUGUUUGUGUGUGUGUGGAUAUAAAUAUAUAUAAAUAUAUAUAAAUAAAUAUAUAUAUCCUCUGUAUAAAAUGAGGUUUCAGUACAAAAGGAACCACGGGUGACCCUGUGAUACUGUCAUUUCCAUCCCCACCCUACCACCUACAGGAUAAAAUCAAAACACUGAUCAGGCUCCGCACCCCCAGACCCUUCAGAAUCACUCAGCGUAUCGGACACUCACCAAACAGCAUCCGCACCUCCUUUAGUGUCAUUUCAGGGCAGUGAUGGCGGGAAUCUCCAACUCACGCUCCAGCACUGAGACCCUGGGAUUAAACAUGGACAUUUGGUUUUCUUUUGCAGCUGGAGUGAGGCUGGCCGACUCCUCCCUCCUCAUGUUAGGGAGGGGCAAUGCCACAGAAGUCGACCAUGGAAACUCAAAUGGUUGGUCUGCCUCUGCAAUCAGAUGUUUGGGGGCCUUUGUCGCUGGAUGGAUGAGAAGGAGGAAUUUUAGCAAAGUGUAAACUGCUCACCCAACUCCUCUCUUCCCUCCUUCCAACUCACAUAUAACCCCCUCGUCAAAACAGGAGUCAUAAAUCAGCACAAAAUCGGAGAACAGCUGCUCCUCAGUCGGCUGGAAGCUACUCCAUGGCCUUACAGGCAAAGAGUAAAUGGGUGAUGCAUCACUGUUUAAAAAGGGGGGAAAUGGCUCAAAAUCUGUUCUGUCCUCACUUCUGACUUAUUCAAUAGACUCCGACCCAAAAUUAUUGGAUCAAUCAAAAUUAACAAGAGUGGGACCCCCAACCCCAAGAGGAGCCAUUUGGAGAUGGAAGUCUAAGAGCAACCUAGUUAUUAUUAUAUUUUCUUGGGAUUGGUAGGUAGAGCCACACACUCACUGACUUCGAUCCUCUUAUAUAUUUUUUGCAAUGUAGGGAUAGUCAUAUUCUGAAAUCCACCAUUAUGUUUUCUCCAAGAAUAACAGAUCUAAAACACUACACACAUACACACACACACCCAAAAGGCUUCCUGAUGUGUAGCAUAAACUGAGUCACUGUGCCCCCCUGGGCCCAGCAGCACCCACUCCCCAACUCGUAGAAACAAUUCUAAUUCCCGCCAUCAGCUACCACCCAUCACUCCACCUUCAUCAUCAUGCUCCAGGGUCACCCUGGCCAGCUCUUGUGCUGGGACAGGGGAUUACACCAUCUCUGUUCAAAGAGGGGGAAAUGUGCCUAUGCCUUAAGUCAAUGCACUCAGCAAGGAGAAGCACAUCCUAUUUAUCUUAUUAUUUCCUGUAGUUUAUUUUGGGUGAUUGGAGGGGAAUGGUUUAGUAGUGACUGGGUAUCUUAAAAGCAGGUUGACAAGCCAAGUGGCUGACAGAUGUGGACUCUGAGGAGCCCAGAAUGGAGACACACUUGGCUUACACAGUCCUGGAUGCCACUUGGCAAGGAGUGGCCCCACCAUCCUAAAUGAAGUAGCAUUUGUAGGCCUGAAUGGCAUCUUUUUGUUUCUCAGCAAAAUCCUAAUUUUUUCUUACUUCACAAGCAGGGUAAGAUUUGUCAUAGGAGAUAAAAUAAAAAGAGUUGGAUAUCUUUGAGGUGACACUCAAGCAUUGAGCUAAGGUUUGCAUAUGUGGGAUGUAAAAGCAAGCUGUGUGUUGCUUAGUCACUUAGAAGUAGGGGUGGUCCCAGCCUGACCAUGGCCCCGCUGGCUUCCAGACACCAGCUCCCUCUGUCACUCUUGCUCAAUGUCCCAUAUAGAAGAAUUGGGUUGCUCAAGGGCCAGAUCAUGAGAUUGCUUAGUUUGUAACACUAGGGUCUAAAAAAGAAAACUAAAAAAAAAGUUACCAAGUUGCUCUGGAUCAGUAUUGUUGAUAGCCUAUAGGAUCACGCUGCAGAAUCUAUAUUUAUCACACACAGGGCUUGGCCAGCGGGGAAAGGCCCUCCUUGGUGAUUGGGAGCAUUUACCCCAUAUCAUUCAGAUAAACAGAAGUAGCUAAGAGGAGGUCCUUUGUGGCGGAAUACCUUAAGACAAAGUUUUUUUAAGCAGACAGACCAUCCUUGCAUUUUGCCACCUUAAGUACACAGUGUGUGGAAGACAAGAAAAUAAAAGGUUCUUGAACUCUUUCCUCUGAUUUUGUUCUAAUCAUCACCUGGAAGCUGAGGUCAGCACCUUGGGCAUUUUAUACCAAUAAAAAAGACUGGUAUGAUCCCACUCACAAAGUUUAUCCUAAAGGUAAUCACAUCACAAAUAAAACAAAUAGCUGCCAAGAAUAGAAAUCAAGCAGCCAUAGGGAACAGUCAUGACAUAAAAGCCUAAUCUUCAUUUGUGCUAAGUGACCACAGCAUACAAGGUAAUGAGCAAGGAAUUUGGCAUGGAUUAAAUUAUGUAUUUCUGUUCAGACUCUAGACUGUGGUAAAAUACAUUCUAAGUUUUUCAAUGUACUUUUUUUCUUCCCUACUUCCUUCAACUAGAAUAUUUGUUCAUGGUCAUGAGAGAAAGUUUUACCUGAAUUCUGGAAAAAAAAAAUUAUAUAUCUUUUACAUUAAAAUCUGAGAACCUUUAAUUUUAAAAAA